GACCGGCGUUGGAGAAGUUCACAACGUUCUCGCUCCCCGCCUGAAACCCGCCUGUUGCUCGGGUCGCGCACAGUAGUCCAUCCACGCCAUGCGGUCGGAGACGGCAGCCAGCACGGCCAUUGAGCUCCAGAGCUCCGACCAGACGCCGCGGGCCGCCAGCCCCGAGCGGCGUGUGGAGCAUGGCGACGGCCACGAGAUGCCCAGCCUGCCGCCCGUCGACGGCGGCAAGGACGCCUGGCUGUUCCUGGCCGCGUGCUUCAUGAUCGAAGCGUUGGUCUGGGGCUUUUGCUACUCGUUUGGCGUCUUCCAGAACUACUACAGCACCCACGAGCCCUUCGCCGGCCAGCCCAACAUCCCCGCUAUCGGCACCUGCGCCAUGGGAAUCAUGUACCUCGACUUGCCGCUCGUCACAGGCUUGCACCGGCGCUUCCCGGCGCAGGCGCGCUACUCGACCAUCCUCGGCCUGCUGCUCAUGUGCCUCGCGCUCGCGCUGUCGUCCCUGUGCACCACCGUGCCGCAGCUCAUCCUCACGCAGGGCGUCUUGUACGCCGUCGGCGGCUCCGUCGCCUACGCCUCGUGCAUCAUCUACCUCGAGGAGUGGUUCGUCACGCGCCGCGGCCUGGCCUACGGCAUCAUGUGGUCGGCCACGGGGAUGGCCGGCGUCGUGCUGCCGCUGCUGCUCGAGUGGCUGCUCGCGGCGCGCGGCCACCGCACCACCCUGCUCGUCUUCUCCUGCCUCGUCUUCGCCCUGACCGCCCCGCUGAGCUGGUACAUCAAGCCGCGGCUGCCGAUCGCGCAGUCCCGCGCCGCCCGGCCCUUCUCGCUGCGCUUCGUCCUCCGCCGCCCCUUCACCCUGUACCAGCUGUUCAACGUCGCCGAGGCCGUCGGCUUCUUCCUGCCGGGCAUCUACCUGCCUUCGUACGCGCGCGCCGUGCUCGGCGCGAGCCCGCUGCCCGCCGUCGUCGCCAUGAUGCUGGUCAACGUGGCCAGCGUGUUCGGCUGCGUCGCCAUGGGCGGCCUGACCGACCGGCUCGAGGUGACGCAGUGCGUCCUGCUGUCGACGGUCGGCGCCACGCUGGGGACCUUCCUGCUCUGGGGCCUGUCGGUGAACCUGCCCGUGCUGUAUCUGUUCUGCGUCGUCUACGGCCUGUUCGCCGGCUCGUACACCUCGGCCUGGCCCGGCAUCGUGAAGGACGUCACGCGGAGGGACGCCGCCGCGGUUGCGUCGGCGGAUGGCGGGUCCGAGAACGAGCACGGGGAGUGGGCCGACCCGAGCAUGGUGUUCGCCUUCCUGGCCAUGGGCCGCGGGGUCGGUAAUGUGAUCUCGGGCCCGUUGAGCGAAGCGCUGGUCCGGGGAAUGCCCUGGCGCGGCCAGGCGUUCGGUGGAUACGGCAGCGGCUACGGAGGCCUGAUCGCGUUCACAGGAGCUACUGCGCUCUUCGGGGGCGGGAGCUACCUGUGGAAGAGGCUAGGGUGGCUGUAGAUUUAUCGAGUUGCCCCUGCAGCGGAUAAUCACGAUCCCAUGAUCUAGAGAAUUUAGAACUUUACAGAAACC